CAUGACCUGGCGCCCGGCUUCUCGUUUGGCGCGCGCGUCCCAAGGCCAAGUGUUGGGCUCUCUUGGCUUUCCUCUCGGGUCGCCUCGGGUUUGGAGCAUCUUCGUAGCGUGGUGUCCGCGCUUGCCGGCAUGCCAACGUCUGGGCUGGGCUCGGUGAUGGCGGCCUCCACGUCGUCGGCCGCCUCCCUGCAGGAAGCUUUGGAAAACGCGGGGAGGCUUAUCGACCGACAGUUGCAAGAAGACCGCAUGUACCCAGACCUGUCGGAGCUGCUCAUGGUGUCCGCCCCAAACUGUCCCACUGUUUCUGGAAUGUCUGAUAUGGAUUACCCUCUGCAAGGACCCGGUUUGCUGUCCGUACCCAGCCUUCCAGAGAUCAGCACUAUCCGAAGAGUGCCCCUCCCACCUGAGCUGGUUGAACAGUUUGGACAUAUGCAGUGUAACUGCAUGAUGGGUGUUUUUCCUCCCAUCAGCAGAGCUUGGCUUACAAUUGACAGUGACAUAUUCAUGUGGAACUAUGAAGAUGGAGGUGACCUUGCCUAUUUUGAUGGACUCAGUGAGACAAUUCUUGCUGUGGGGCUUGUCAAACCAAAAGCCGGCAUCUUUCAACCUCAUGUACGACACCUGCUGGUUUUGGCAACCCCUGUGGAUAUAGUAAUUCUUGGACUCAGCUAUGCUAAUGUACAGACAGGUUCCGGCAUUCUUAAUGACAGUAUGUGUGGUGGGAUGCAACUGCUUCCGGAUCCUUUGUAUUCUCUCCCAACGGAUAACACUUACCUGUUAACAAUCACUUCCACUGAUAGUGGCAGGAUUUUUUUGGCUGGAAAGGAUGGCUGUUUGUAUGAAGUAGCAUACCAAGCAGAGGCAGGCUGGUUCAGUCAAAGAUGUAGGAAGAUCAACCACUCAAAGAGCUCACUCUCCUUCCUUGUGCCUUCCUUGCUUCAAUUCACAUUCUCAGAAGAUGAUCCUAUUGUUCAAAUUGAAAUUGAUAAUUCCAGAAAUAUUUUGUAUACACGAUCGGAGAAAGGAGUAAUACAGGUUUAUGAUUUGGGCCAUGAUGGGCAGGGGAUGAGUAGAGUUGCCUCAGUUUCACAGAAUGCCAUUGUCUCUGCUGCUGGAAACAUUGCUAGGACUAUUGAUCGUUCCGUUUUUAAGCCGAUUGUUCAGAUAGCAGUGAUUGAAAACUCUGAAUCCCUGGACUGUCAGUUACUGGCCGUCACUCACGCAGGUGUGAGGUUGUAUUUCAGCACUUGUCCAUUCAGACAGCCAUCAGCUCGGCCCAACACACUGACAUUGGUUCACGUCCGACUACCUCCUGGAUUCUCGGCAUCUUCAACAGUGGAGAAGCCUUCAAAAGUACAUAAAGCUCUUUAUAGUAAAGGAAUUCUACUGAUGACAGCCUCAGAAAAUGAAGAUAAUGACAUUUUAUGGUGUAUCAACCAUGAUACAUUUCCUUUCCAAAAGCCAAUGAUGGAAACUCAGAUGACAACCCGUGUUGAUGGUCAUUCCUGGGCUCUUUCUGCAAUAGAUGAAUUAAAAGUGGAUAAAAUAAUCACACCUUUAAAUAAAGAUCAUAUUCCAGUAACUGAUUCGCCGGUUGUUGUGCAGCAGCACAUGUUGCCUCCAAAGAGAUUCGUUCUCCUCUCAGCACAGGGUAGUCUUAUGUUUCAUAAACUGAGACCUGUAGAUCAGCUGAGACAUCUGCUUGUGAGUAACGUGGGUGGAGAUGGAGAGGAGAUUGAAAGAUUCUUCAAAUUACAUCAGGAAGACCAAGCUUGUGCAACUUGCCUUAUCCUCGCUUGUUCUACUGCUGCCUGUGAUAGAGAAGUGUCUGCUUGGGCUACACGGGCAUUCUUUAGGUAUGGUGGUGAAGCACAGAUGAGAUUUCCAGCCACUCUUCCCACUCCAAGUAAUGUUGGUCCUCUCCUGGGGUCUCCCAUGUAUUCUAGUUCUCCUCUCCCUGGUGGUAGUGCCUAUCCAAAUCCACCCCAUUUGGGGACACCAUCCCAUGGCGCUCAGCCUCCUACCAUGUCAACCCCAAUGUACGCUGUGGGAAACCCAGCAAUGCAGGCUGCGAGCAUGAGUGGUUUGACUGGGCCAGAGAUUGUGUUCUCCGGAAAACACAAUGGUAUUUGCAUUUACUUCUCUCGAAUCAUGGGAAAUAUUUGGGAUGCUAGCUUAGUUGUUGAAAGAGUAUUCAAGAGUUCCAACAGGGAGAUCACUGCAAUUGAAAGCAGUGUGCCUAGCCAGCUGCUAGAGUCUGUGCUACAAGAACUGAAGGGUUUGCAGGAAUUUCUAGACAGAAAUUCCCAGUUUUCUGGAGGACCACUAGGAAAUCCAAACACUACUGCCAAAGUGCAGCAGAGGCUGGUAGGAUUCAUGCGUCCUGAGAACGGAAACACCCAGCAGAUGCAACAAGAGCUGCAGAGGAAGUUUCAUGAGGCUCAGCUGAGUGAGAAGAUUUCACUUCAGGCGAUCCAGCAGCUGGUCAGAAAAUCCUACCAGGCUCUGGCUUUAUGGAAACUCCUCUGUGAGCAUCAAUUUACUGUUAUUGUAGGAGAACUUCAGAAGGACUUUCAAGAGCAGCUGAAGAUCACCACCUUCAAGGAUCUGGUGAUCAGAGACAAAGAGCUCACUGGUGCAUUAAUUGCUUCUCUUAUCAGCUGCUACAUCAGAGACAAUGCUGCUGUGGAUGGCAUUAGUUUACAUCUGCAGGACAUCUGCCCGCUUCUCUACAGCACAGACGAUGCGGUUUGUUCUAAGGCAAAUGAGCUUCUUCAGCGGUCCCGACAAGUUCAAAAUAAGAGUGAAAAAGAAAGAAUGUUAAGGGAGUCACUGAAGGAAUAUCAGAAAAUCAGCAACCAAGUAGACCUUUCCAGUGUUUGUGCUCAGUACCGGCAAGUGCGCUUUUACGAGGGCGUGGUGGAACUUUCUCUUACUGCUGCCGAGAAAAAAGAUCCUCAGGGUCUCGGGCUCCAUUUCUAUAAACAUGGAGAACCAGAAGAAGAUGUCGUGGGUCUUCAGACUUUCCAAGAGAGAUUAAACAGUUACAAGUGCAUUACAGACACUCUUCAAGAACUGGUAAAUCAAAGUAAGGCUGCUCCUCAGUCUCCUAGUGUACCCAAAAAACCUGGUCCUCCGGUGUUGUCAUCAGAUCCCAACAUGCUGAGCAAUGAAGAAGCAGGACAUCACUUUGAACAGAUGCUUAAACUGGCUCAGCGGUCCAAGGAUGAACUCUUCAGUAUUGCUCUUUAUAACUGGCUAAUCCAAGCUGACCUUGCAGAUAAACUACUACAGAUUGCCUCUCCAUUUCUGGAGCCACAUCUAGUCCGAAUGGCCAAAGUGGAUCAAAAUAGAGUUCGCUAUAUGGAUUUACUCUGGAGGUAUUAUGAGAAGAACAGAAGUUUUAGUAGUGCUGCUCGCGUCCUAUCCAAAUUGGCUGACAUGCACAGCACAGAAAUUUCGCUUCAACAGAGACUAGAAUACAUUGCUCGAGCCAUUCUUAGUGCUAAAAGUUCCACUGCCAUUUCAUCAAUAGCUGCAGAUGGUGAAUUCCUUCAUGAAUUAGAAGAAAAAAUGGAAGUCGCUAGGAUCCAACUUCAGAUACAAGAGACACUACAAAGGCAGUACUCCCAUCAUUCUUCAGUGCAGGAUGCAAUUUCUCAGCUGGAUUCUGAGCUGAUGGACAUUACUAAGCUUUAUGGGGAAUUUGCUGACCCAUUCAAACUUGCAGAGUGUAAACUCGCAAUCAUUCAUUGCGCUGGUUAUUCAGAUCCCAUAUUGGUACAUACACUUUGGCAAGAUAUCAUAGAGAAAGAAUUGAAUGAUAGUGUAACAUUGAGCUCAUCAGAUCGAAUGCAUGCUCUCAGCCUCAAGCUUGUCCUCCUUGGCAAAAUUUAUGCUGGCACACCUCGUUUCUUUCCCCUAGAUUUUAUUGUGCAGUUUUUGGAACAGCAAGUUUGUACUUUAAACUGGGAUGUUGGUUUUGUUAUACAGACCAUGAAUGAAAUUGGAGUGCCUUUACCUAGACUACUAGAAGUUUACGAUCAACUCUUCAAGUCACGGGAUCCAUUCUGGAACAGAGUGAAAAGGCCACUGCACCUUUUGGAUUGUAUCCAUGUAUUACUAACAAGAUACGUUGAGAAUCCAAGCCAAGUUUUAAAUUGUGAGAGGAGAAGGUUUACAAAUCUCUGCCUGGAUGCUGUCUGUGGUUAUCUGGUUGAACUCCAGUCAAUGAGUUCUUCGGUAGCAGUACAAGCCAUCACUGGGAAUUUUAAAUCUCUCCAAGCAAAGUUGGAACGGCUUCAUUAAUUAUUGUAGUAUAUUUUUCUGUCUUACAUUUUGGUCUGUAAAAUAAAAGCUCAGCUGGGUCCAGAAAUCAGGUGUUGUAGAUCUAAGAAUUUUGGUAGAAGUUUGUUUUUAAUAAGUGAUUGUUAGCUACAAAUAGUACUUUGCCAAAUGAAUUCUUUUUUAUGACUGGUUUUUUGUUUUGUUUUGUUUUGUUGAGUAGUUCGGUCCAGGUAUGUAGCUCAGUGGUGGAAUGUUUGUGCAGAUGUAAAAUGCCCUGGGUUCAAUUUCCAGCACUGCACACAAACACAUCAGUUUGCAAAAAACUGAAAUAAGAUUAUGUAUGAUUCUGACACACAAAGAUAAAGUUCUUAUUUUAAAUUUUACUACUAGCAACAAUUUUGAAUUCGUAUUAUUUAUUUCCAGGUUUAUCUAGUAUCAGUGAUUAAAUCCAGCUCUUGGGGAGGCAAUGGCAGACAGAUUUCUAGAACUCACGGAGAAUUCCAGGCCAGUCAGGGCUAUAUAUAUAGUGAAACCUUGUCUUAACAAACAAACAAAAAAACCAAAACACCUUAUAGGCUGGGUCUGUUCCCAUACCGUUGGAUUCUGUAGCAGUCCUUAAGUAUGCAUUUUUUAACUUAAAUUUUAGAAAAUUUCCUGAACUACUAAUUAUCAGUUAUAAUCCUUUAGGUUCUCUCUUUCUCUCUCUCUUCCAUUCACCAUAAAUAUGUACGUUAGAUUUUUUAUGUAUACAUUUUUAUAUAUGUAUGUAUGUAUAUAUGUGCUGGAUAUGUAUGUAUUUAUAUACAGAAUAGUUGAACAUGUAAUAAACUUGUAACACUGUUAUGAGUAUUUAAAACCUACAUGAUCAGCCAUCUGUGGUGGUGCAUACCUUUAAUCACAGCACUUGAAAGGCAGAGGCAGGGGGAGCUCUGGAGUUCAAGGCUAGCCUGGUCUACAUAUUGAGUUACAGGUCAGCCACAGCUGUACCGUGACUACUGUUUCCUUACAACCCUCACUCUCGAAGUGUGUAUGCUUCAAGCCAGCAGCAGCAGCAGCAGCAGCAUCCUGGAUUUGUUACAAGUUAAAUUCCUGGGUCUCAGAUCAGAUCUACUUUGGCAUAAACUGCCUGUUUAUGUGUUUUAACAGCCCUUCCGAUGGAUCCAGACUCAUGUCACAUCAGGAACAACCCACUUGUUGAUGCUGCUGUUUUCUGUGUCCUCUCUGAUUUGAUUUCUCCAGCCUCCUUUCUUACCAAUGACCACAACACAAGUUUUACCCAAAUUAUAGUGGAUGAAGCAGAAUUGUUAGUAGUUUUGUUGUUUUUUUAAAAAAAUAUUUGGCCGGGCGGUGGUGGCGCACGCCUUUAAUCCCAGCACUCGGGAGGCAGAGGCAGGCGGAUCUUUGCGAGAUCGAGGACAGCCUGGUCUACAGAGCGAGAUCCAGGAAAGGCGCAAAGCUACACAGAGAAACCCUGUCUCGAAAAAACAAAAAAAAAAUUUGUUAUGUAUAAUAGCCAGAAGAGGGCACCAGAUCUUAUUAUAGAUGGUUAUGAGCCACCAUGUGGUUGCUGGGAAUUGAACUCAGGACCUGUGGAAGAGCAGUCAGUGCUCUUAACCUCUGAGCCAUCUCUCCAGCCCCAGUAAUCUAGUUUUUAACUUUAAUAGUGCUAGGUUGAAUCCAGGGUCUUUGUCCUAAGCAAGUAAGUACUCUACCCCUGUAGCUGUAUCCUCAACCCCUGAAUUACCUUUAAUGGGUUAGAAUUGCUAAACUAAGUGUUCCAAAGUAUUAUCAAUGACAAAAGGAAGGAGUAAGAAUGAGUAAAGCUCACAAAGGAAGAAAAAAGAAAAACAACUCUUUUCCACUCUCCUUAGUUUUUUUUUUUAUUGUACACACACACACAUAUACACACAUAUACAUUUUUUUCCUUUUUUUUUUCUUUUUUUUUUCUUUUUUCUUUUUUUUUUUUUUGGCAACAGUCUCACAUAGCCUAGGCUGGUGUCAAACUUCAUGCCCACCUAGAGUGAUCCUAGAGUGGCCUCUGCCACCUGAGUGCUAAGACUAUAGGCAUGCUUCACCACGCCCACUUUUCAUGGUGCUGGGCAUUAAACCAGGGUUCCAUAGAUGCUGGGUAAGCAUCUUAUCACUGAGUUGUGUUCCUAGCUCUCACCCCCUCCCCUUUUGGUCAGGGUUUCACUAUGUACCCCAGGCUGGCUGCAAGCAUACCCUGACCUCCUGCCUCAGUUUCCCAAGUACUGGGAAUCCAAGCACGUGCUGCCAUACCCAGCUUCCGUUGUGAUUUGCGCUGCUGGGAGUGUUAGCUUACGUCUGCUGUCCCUAUUGCAAGUCUGGCAGUUUUGUGAAAUAUAGCUUGGAUAUAUUUCUACUUCUACUUUUACCUUUAUAUAUCUUUUUCCAAAUUUUUCUCUUAGAAUUCAGAUUCCCUUUCACUUACAGUCAUUGAAUGUAUAUUUCAUAAAGGAUCAAAGUACCACAAAUUGGGUAUCACUACCUCAUAUUUUUCAUCUUUCAUUUUCUUAAGUUUAGCUUUUUUAGGCUAUAAAAUGACUGCAUCUGAUGUAUUAAUGGUUUUAGCAUUUAAAAUUCUGUUUUCUACUUAUUUUUAAAUGAAGAUCUUGUUUAAAUGCUUUAAUUUGAAUGUAGAUCCAUUAUGUUAGAAAUACAUGCUACUAUCUCCA